AUGGUCGUGCGCGCUGACAACCGUAAGAAGCGCAAUUAUGACAAACGUCUUCUUAUGACGUACAAGAUGGGGUUAGAGCGCAUCCAGAAUGGCGAAGACAUAGCAGGUGUCACUGAUCGAAUCCAUCACGAGGACCUUCCGCGCACGUUGCGAUCAUACAUAUCGAGAGUGGGUGGUCUCAGUGACGACACGGGUGAAGUCGAAGAUGACGCUGAUACUGCUCAUGUCGCCGUCGAAGACGCCGAUCGUAGUGCUGAUCGUGAUGCUAGAAGGGACGCCGAACGAUUCACCGAGAUGAUGCAGGCAACACAGCGCGUUCCACUAUUUGCGAUGCCCAGUGUGGCGUUACAAGUGACGCUGAAGAUGCUGAGGCUCGUGCCACUGAUCGUGAUGGUGAUGCUAAUGUACCAGUCGAAGUUGGUAAUCAAGGUGGCACCAAUCGUGACUCUUCUCAUGAUGUCGAAGAUAUCGUCGAAGCUACGUCGCACGGAUGCCUGGAUGGACAAUGAAAGCAGUGACCAAGGUGACGAUAGUCGCGAUCCUGCUCAUCAUGUCGAAGAUGUUGUCGAAGAGUACGUCGAACGAAUGCCGGGACGGACGAUGAAGUUGAUGGUCAAGGUGAUGCUGGUAGCGAUCUUGCUUGUAAUGUCAUAG